GGACAGACCCACCGGUCCUCGAAGACCUCGGAGAGCCACGCGCCAGCCCACUUCGGCCAGUAAGUCACCAACGGUGGCCAAGGAAGGUUCGAAUACGCGAUCGACCGGGGGAAGUCUACGCCGAAGCGAGGAAUGCACCGUGCGAAUUCUUUUGUGGGGAUUUUUGUGCAAUAACGUUGUUCGCACUAGACUAGAGCGGUUGAUCAACUGGUCUUUGGACGGAAGAGUUCGGUUUUUGUGGCGGAACGCGAACGUGUGAAUUACGCGGGGAUCUGUGGUAAUCGCAGAGGAAAGGAAUUGCGAGGAUGUUUGCGCAGUAGAAUAGCUCUGUUGCGAAGUGGAGAGGUGUUUUCGGGUGAAGUUCUGUGAAGAAAUCGUUUGAUUUGAUUGCCCCUAGAAAUUGCUCAUAUGUGUAAAGGCUUUUCGGUGAAGAUCGCAUUUGUUGCAGCUAAUGACGGCAAUCAAAUUGUAAAAAUAGCAGCUGAAGCUGCUUCGAGUGUGAAGUGUUAACAAAGUGCAUUACUAGAAGCCUCGACGAAGCCCUUUCGGGUGUGACUUCUGGGGAUCUGAAGAAAUAGACAAGUGGAGUAGCUGUUGCAGACAGAAGAGUACGGGUCACAGAGUGCAGACAGUACUGCGAGGAAAAAGGAGGACACCGAGCAGACGGAAUGGCCCAUCCAAAGAUGAUGGCAACCGCCACCAGUGUGAUCAUAGGCUUUACCGCCAUGCUGACACUGACCGGAGCACUAUCCUUAUCGCCGGAGAGCAAACCCCACCACCACACCUCCACCGCCGGGGGAAGUAAUUUCCCGCUGCAACGGUACGCCAUGGGCAAGGGUCGGCCCCCACCGCCUCUGAUGGGACCUAAACCAGGAGCAGGAGGGGGCGGCCACGGAGCAGGUCCACCACCACGAUUGAUGUCCCGGGCGGAUAAUCCGAUGCCGGCGACGCCACUCAACAACAAUCAAACCCUGGACCGCUACCGGCGGCUGAUUCCCUACAUGACAUUCUACAUUCCAUCAUCUAAUGGCGACUUCAGCCUGCCAAUCAAUCAGGCGUAUAAUUAUAUGCCCAUUCGCUCACAGCGACCUCAAGAACCGCAACAGUCACACCUUCAUCACAGUCAACAGAGUGGCAAACAGACAAUUUUGUCACUACAGCAAUACCAGCGACAGCCACCGCAGCAAAGUGGUUUAGGCGGUGACCCUCCGCUGGUCUACCAGUCCUAUCAACCGCAAAUUCAUCAAUCAACACGCUAUCAGUCCUCUUCAUCGGCAUCAUCUUCCUCGGCAGGAUCUUCUCAAGGAAACUCAUACAAGACCAUCCUGAUAAAUAACUCCCCAAUCAAGUACGAAUACUCCCAACGUCAUCAAUUAGCACCGUCAUCUUCUUCUUCGUCGUUGUCGUCUUCGUCCGCGUCGUCCGGUAGCCGUGACCCAAAUCUGGCCUUGCUGUACAACCCUCGAGCCCAGUUACAGCAUUAUCAUCAUCAACAGCAACAUCAGCAGCAACAAUUACAGAGCCCGCCCUCCAAGUUGUAUGCGAUUGAAAUUCAGCCACAGGCAACCAUACCGAAACCACAGCCGUCGAUUCAACCGAAUGGAUAUAGCAGCGGAAGCAGCAGUGCAAACGAAGGGCCUGAUCACAUUCAUCUAUUGGGGGCCACUCCGGCUCCAUCAGUUGUAUCCACCAGAAAUCCAAUUAAGUAUCAACCCGUUGCAGUUUACAAAAAGCAUCAGAUCAGUCCAUUCCUACAGUCAAAUAAGCUACCGGGAAGUUUUACUCCACUAGCGUAUAGUAAUGGUGGAUCUCCAGGCGGUCAGUACAUUGUUCAAGAAGAGAUUCCCGAAGAAUUAGAAGAGAAGCCUCUGCCGCGUCCUACACCAUCGUCGGUCUAUAGUGCACCAAAACUUCAAACGACCUAUGUCUACGUUAAACCACAACCUGAAACGAAUCAAUUGUAUUACCACGAAAAACCUGCCAAACCUUCGUCUACGUCUAGUUCGUAUGUGACUUACAAAGAGAAACCAAGUUACCUAGAAGAUCAAGAACAGGUCUACAAGCCGAAACCGAUCCCCAAACCAAGUUAUGAUCACGAGCUGGAAGUCUACAAAACCAUUCCAAAGCCUGUUUCCCAGCCGAAACCAACGUACGUGAAUGAGCAAAUCAUAUACAAGUCACAAUCGAAGCCAAUAUCAAUCCACAAACCAAGUUACUUCGAAGACUCCGAGCUCUACAGACCUGGUGGUAAACCAAUCCCUGUUCCCAUUCCAGUAGCUGUUGACUACUCAACACCACGGACUGUCCCACAACGAGUCGAGUACACUACGGCACGUCCCCAUUCUCAUUCAAUCCCCAUAGAAACCUUUACUGCCUACAACCCAACUGCAGGAAGCUCCCCGGCCCCACCCUUAGUCUCAACAACCGCACACCCGAAGUACUCUGUGCGCCAUAAGUCCCCACACCACAAACAACUUCGAGGUUCCACGAAGGCACCUCCCAUCCGGCAGCAUCUAACCGAGAACCUCAAUCCGUCCGACAUCCGAUCCCCAAAUCCCAACUACUUCGAUCAGUACGCCGACUACAAAGCCCAGGUCAAGCAGAACUACUACACUCAAAACAACUACAUUCCGCUCUCAAAACCCCCGAAAAUCACCAAACUCAUACCAACGCAUUCCGAAGAAAAACCCCGCCCCGUCUACCAACACAACAAGCCCCGUCCCGCAACUCCAACCCAGAUCAUCGACACUGCCAGUUCAACCGGAUCGACAUCACUCGCUGACCUGCUCAAGAAACUCCAGGACAGCAACCACCUCCCGAAAACCCUAACCCCGGAUAACAUCGAUAACUCCAUCCGAACGCUCGUAAAAAUCCUUAACAACCUAAAAACCUCCCAGCAAGUGCAUCAACAACCGGAACAGGACUUCACCGCCCCCGAAGAGCCUGACCACAUCCCACCUCCCAGCGCGAAAGCCCCACCCAAACCCGCCAAGAAGCCCUCGUCGCACCAUAGCCACGCCCACGAUGACGAUGACUCCGGCAGCCCGUACAUGCCGCACCAUCCGGAGCUGGGACCGACGCCGCCGGGACCGAACUCCGGUCGACCGGGCAUCGAUUAUCCAAAUCUGGCCGAAAUUCCCGAGACCAGUUUUAGCUGCAAGGAGCAACGGUACAAGGGCUUCUUCGGCGAUCCGGAAACCAACUGCCAGGUGUGGCACUAUUGCGACCUGAACGGCGGCAAGGCGUCCUUCUUGUGCCCCAAUGGAACCAUCUUCAGUCAGGUUGCCCUGACUUGUGACUGGUGGUUCAAUGUCAAGUGUUCGACCACGGCGCAACUGUACGUCCUGAACGAACGACUGUACAAAUAUAUCCUGCCGUUCACGCCGAAGUUCCCCGAAGACUACAGCGGACCACUGGUUGACAAAUACCUCGCCAUCAAAUUCCAAGAGAUGGAAGAAAAGAUGCAAAAGCAACGCGCCAAGGGUAAACCGGUGUCGAAACCCCGACCGGAGAUCGAGAACGACGACCUGAACGGCAACAAGCUGGAGGACAACGACGACCGGUACAACCAGAACCAGCCGCACCCGGUGCAGUACGUGACGGAGAAUUCCAUCGAGCCGGCAAUGCCCAGUGCGGCCAGCAUAGUUUCCGCAACGACACCGAUAACCCUGGAGGACAUCAACGCCGAGUACGAUCGGGCUAGCGGAGCGGGCACCGCGCCGGAUAUGGACCCGUCUUCUGGAGAAACUGGACCGGAAGCGGCGCCACACAGUGCUCCGAUUGUGGUAACCGCUCCGAGUGCUCCGGCCACUUCGACGGGGGCCGACUACGAAUCCGACACGAGCGUUCCGGUAACGGUCUUGGCGGAAACGGUGCCCCAAGCGGCAAGGUAUGGACCGAAUGAUCACAGCUCGAUACGAGCUUCGAGGCCGAAUUCGAUGCAGGCCCUCCGAGCGGUGGCAAUCGAGGUGAAAAACGACGGAACCAGUGGGCAUUUGACGCCAGCCCUUGGCUACGGGGAAUAAUAAUCGGGAAUACUUGAAUUCAUCGAUUGCAAUUUCUGUGAAUAGUUAAAUGCGUAAGGUUUCUUAUAGUUUCAUAGCUGGACGUAUAAAUAUGUGAAUGCAAACACAAUUUCUGGAAGAUUCUCCGCGCUUGAGAAUUUUUGCCUCUGAUCCAGAGAUUGUAAAACUACUUUAGUUUAUGAUAUCAAACGUAUUGAAUACAAUUUAUUUAUAUGAUAAAUGGAUGCAACUUGUUCUUCAAGCGUGACUUCGCUGCUAGUUUUAGAACAUCUCACUAAAAAUAACAUAUCCGCUGAAUUUCUAUGUAUGUCAUCCAAAUUAUAAUUUCAAUAUGCUAAAAAUACAGCAAUUUAUUGAUAAGCAAAAACAGUUUUGUCCGUCACUGUAGUAGUUGGCAAUUAAUGCCCCCCAGAUUAAGGCUUAAGAAUAUGGAACUGGCUAAUUCUUCAAAACGGUUCACCUUUCGAACCAUUAGAAUACAUUUGUCAAGGCAUUUGAAGAACAAGUUGCAUUCCACUUUGCUACCUUCACAUCGCUUUCUAUAGCUUUUCACGAAAGUCAGCAUCAAAAGUAGUUUAUCUCGCUAGUACCUUUGUAUAAACGUAUUAAUUUCGUAUUUUAAACGCUAUUCUGCUUCCCCCUAUCGUUAUGCUACAUAUUCAAAUUUACCCAUCAUCAUCGUAUCAUAUUAGGUUCUCUCUCGCGGUAAUUUAUUGUCGUCGUUUUAGUGCAGUGUGCAGUGUGUGGUGGACAAUAAUAACCACCUGUUGCUUCUACUUUAUCGGCACCCCCGCUAGGUGUAGAAUUGGUUGCCCCCUGUUUCUUGCGUGCAUGUGAGAGAUGUGAACGAAUGUUGCGCGCCGCAUCCGUGGAACGGAUAGGUGUCGAAUCAGUUACCCCUGUUCGUAUAUCAAAGUCACUGUUAAGUUAUAG